UAUCAGGCGAAGCUGAAAUCGGCGCCAUUGUUGACGCAGAGUAUUACUACGGCGAUACUCUUCGCAACCGGCGACGUCAUGGCUCAACAAGGUGUUGAAAAAGUCGGACUCGACAAUCACAAUUUUGCGCGAACGGGUCGCAUGGCUCUAUACGGCGGCGCAUUCUUCGGCCCCGCAGCAACCACCUGGUAUGGCUUCCUCCAACGCCGAAUCAACCUUUCCUCCACAAACACCACCAUCCUCGCGCGUGUCGGCUGCGACCAAUUCAUCUUCGCACCCAUCAACAUGGGGAUAUUUCUCUCCUCAAUGGCGUACCUCGAAGGCUCGGAUCCGAAGGCGAAACUGCAGAAAGCGUAUAAGCCUGGCAUGAUUAAUAACUUUCUGCUGUGGCCUUGGGUGCAGGCUGUGAAUUUCAAGUACGUCCCGCUAGAGCAUAGGGUGUUGGUUGUGAAUUUUGUGGCGCUUGGUUGGAAUUGCUACCUCAGCUACCUCAAUAGUGGAGGGGGAGAGAUUGGACCCGCGGGCGGCAAAGAGAAAGAGCUUCCUUCCUCUUAA